AUGCUGUCUGGUCCGAGUUGUCUCCCAUACAAAGGGAGACAAUCAUCAUCGCCAGACGGCGCCAUACACGCUGUGGUGGACUUCAAUGGGCAGGACGCCUGGGUUGAUACAUCACAAAUUUAUAUAAAGGAGUGCAAUGUGAGUUUCCAGUGUGUAUGCGCCAUUGAGGAUACAACUUUGAGAGCUUUGGCCAGCGACUCGAGUCCCUCAAACGGACACCUUCAACAAGCAGAAUGUUUGUCAAUUACGGACACCUCAAGGGAACAGCACGUGGCUGGGUGGACCUCAGUUGUAACGGCUACGUUAAACCCUGCCUGGGUGAAAAAUGCACAUGUCGCGUUUCAUGACCAAUGCACAGGCCUUGGUCUGCCAACUUUCAAGCCUGCCACUCAACUGUCCGGCUGUCCUAAUAUCGUUACCAGAGAGGAGUGGGGGGCCAGACAACCAAUCAGCACGUCUCUACUUCCGGCCACGCCCCAGUUCCUGGUUGUCCAUCACGGAGCCACGCCCACCUGCAAGACACGUGAACAGUGUAUUCGUCUAGUGAAGUCGUACCAAGAUUAUCACAUGGACGGUCAUGGAUGGGACGACAUUGCCUACAGCUUCCUGGUGGGGGAGGACGGCAACGUGUACGAAGGCAGAGGCUGGACCCGCCACGGCUCUCACACUCGCCACUACAACGACGUGGCGCUAGGAUUUUGUGUCAUUGGGAACUUUAUGGACAGGCCACCCAAUCACAAAGCUUUGAGAGCCUUACAUCAGCUAAUCGGCUGCACGACCAGAAACCAUAAAGUGAGGUCAGACUACACGUUGCUAGGACACCGUGACACCAAUCCGCACACGUUGUGUCCGGGUGAUAAACUUCAUGACGUAAUAACAAGAUGGCCGCAUUUUAAUUUUAAUAAUGCAAGAGUUUCUUGAAUAAAAACAUUACAAAUGUA